CGAUUUCUCCAUGCGUUGGCAUUCAUUUUUCCCGCUUGCUUCUCCCCUCCUCCCAUCCGCAGGUGUGGGGGUAGGAGUGUGGGCACUGCUCCCACACGGACAGCGUGGGAUGGUCCAAGAGGUGGGGAUGCGGGGAAUGAGGGGAGCGAGGGCAGUGGGGAGGGGAGAAAAGCUGGGGUGCAUAGAGUUGGGUCGGGGCAGAUUAGUGGGUGGAGUGAGGACGAGGAGGGAGAGGGUGAGAGUCACGGUGGGGAGGGGAAGGGCGAUGGUGCUGCUGGGAGUGAUGGGCCUGCUGCUCCACAGGUGCAGUCAGCACAGGUGCACGUGCCACAAGUGCCAGCAGUGCAAGGCAGAGCAGCAGCAUCAGCGGUGGUAGCGGCACAACAACGGGCAGCAAGGGCAGCAGCAGGGAGCGUUCUGCAGUGGUCUAUGAAAGUGAAUGUGGACGAAUUCGCACAGCCCUCGUUACCAUCGAAGCUGCAGGAGCAGCAAGACGAGGAGGAGGACGAGGAGCAGCAAGACGAGGAGGAGAAAGACAAGAUGUUGAUGGAGAGUGUGAAUGGGCGCCACACGGCCAUGCAGCACAUGCUGCAGGGGCAGCUCUCUGCAGUGCAGCAUGUGGUGACGCUGUGGGGGGAUGGAGCGCUGCUGCUCGCCCUCUUUGCCCUCGCCGCAUCCAAGGACCUUGCUGUGGUGGCAGACGUGGAGGAGGGAGAUGCUGGCCAUGCAGGGAGGCAGGCGGCUGGUGUCGGUGGGCAGCAGGCAGGCAUGGAGGUGGCAUUGCAACUGCUGCCGCUGCUGAGGGCUCUGCUUGCCAGUAGCCACUCUAAAGAUACGUGUGAGUGGUGCUCUCCUUGCUACGAGGAGGAGGAGGAGGAGGAGGAGGAGGAGGAGGAGGAGGAGGAGGAGGAGGAGGAGGAGGAGGAGGAGGAGGAGGAGGAGGAGGAGGAGGAGGAAGAGGUGGUGGUGGUGGGGGAUUAG